AUGGCCGCGCUGCGCUUCGGGGAGCCCCCGGCGGAGCCGUCCGCCUUCCCCGCGGGCAGGUGGGCGGGGGGCGGCGGGCCCGGCCCGGCCUCGCCCGCCCUCAGGGCGCUUCCCCCGGCGGAGCGGGGCCGCCCGCCGUCGGAGCCGUCGGAGGGGGCGCCGGCGGCCUCGCAGCGUCGGAAGCGGACCAGCUUCACGGCGGCGCAGCUGGAGACGCUGGAGCUGGUCUUCCAGGACACCAUGUACCCCGACAUCUACCUGCGGGAGAAGCUGGCCGACGCCACGCAGAUCCCCGAGUCCCGCAUCCAGGUCUGGUUCCAGAACCGCCGCGCCAAGUCCCGCCGCCAGCGGGGACCGCCCCGCCCCGGCCCCGCCGCGCCGCCGCCCGCCGAGCCGCCGCCGGGCUACCCGCGGCCGCCCCGCUUCACCGCCCUGCGCGCCCCGGAGCGGCCCCGCUGCGCCCUCUCCGGCGUGGCCCAGAUCGUUCAGAUCAAGGAGGAGGGCUCGGUCCCCUAUGAGUGGCCGCCGGCCGGCCUUCCCCCCGGCCCCGGCUUCGAGGGCUUUCCCCCCAGCCAUCCCGGCGGGACCGAGGCCGCCUCCUUCGCGGGGCCGCCGCCGGCCGUGGGGAGCGCGGCCGGCCCCUACCCGCCGGCCCGCGCCUUCUGUGGGCAGUACUCGCCCGUGUCGGACGCCGAGGACACCAGCGGCUACUCGGAGUCGGGCUCGGAGUGGGAGGAGAACGCCCUCGGCGCCUUCCGAGCCCUCUGAGCGUCGCCCCGGGCGGGACCCGGCCCUGGGGGGGUUAAAGCUGCAUCCCCUGGCCU